AUGCAAGCUGUGUUGUCGCUGUAUUCUUCCGGUCGCACAACCGGUGUUGUACUAGAUUCUGGUGAUGGUGUAACGCACGUCGUACCCAUAUAUGAAGGCUUUGCAAUCGAUCAUGCCAUUGGGCGGAUGGAUGUCGCAGGGCGUGAUGUCACUCGAUGGUUGCGGCUUUUAUUGCGUAAAGAGGGGACAGAUCUUCACAGAACUAGCGAGUUUGAAAUCGUUCGUGAAAUCAAGGAAAAGGCGUGUUAUCUAGCUACCAAUGUCGUCAAAGAAGAGGCCAACGAGAGUGACAAGGUUUGUAGCAUUUCUCUUCGGUAA